AUGGCUGAGCGGUCGUCGCCCGAAGCCAAAGGGCAAGAAAUUGUCAAUCCCUCGACGCCGUCGCCCAGGAAGCGAGAAAUAAACCCAGGCAGCGCCCAACCGUCAAAAGGCAGGUCUCUCGCCACGCCCUCGUUGAACGAUGAGCCGGACUCUCCCCGACUUCUUUCCUCGCAAGCCAAGUCUCCACCGACAUACCCCGCGCCUUCAUGGCAUAAACGUCAUCUGAAGCUUCCAUUCGAUCUCCGUGAUCGCAAUGUCAAGUUCGACAACAACGUUCUCCGAGUGCUAUACAACAUCUUUCCUGACACUGUGGACGUUCUCGAGGGAGGCAAUCGGCACUACCUCCACUUCACAGUAAAAAAGUUACCAGAAGCACCUUGGCCACUCACCAUUGCCGGACUACCUAUUACCAUCGGCGACAAUGAGGGCAAUGGUAAAGGUACCAUGUUCCCCAUGACAAUGGCUGGCAACAUGAGCAUUCGAAUCUGUGACGACACUGAUGCAAGGUUCAUGCCUCUCGAGUCCCAGGCAUUUCGCAGCCUUGCGGAAUCUGUCACUCGCGCAAUUCUCACUUGCGUCCCGGGACUUGCCGUGCUGGAAUUCAUCCUCGACGCAGAAAGACGUUUCCACGUUGUACUUGAAGACGGAGUCGAUAUCAAUUCAGUCUGGGCUCGACUGCCUGGGCGCAUCGCGAAGUGCUGGACGAUGUACUUGUUCGAGACGGAUCUCCGCCGCCCAAGCCCCGGCAAUCGCCAAGCCCUACUACGGCAAGUGAUGCCUAAUCCCGGACACGGGAUUGUGGACGAUACAGCCUAUAAUGUCAUUCGCCCUGGUGUCCUAAUCUCCAGUCUUACAUCCAACGACUCUCGCAACGGAGAAAUCCUCACUACCUCGUCUGGAGUCCUAGUCAGAAACGACGCGGGUGACAAGUUCAUGACCGGCGCCUCUCACGGGAUCGGCGAGUCGGAGACGUUUCACCAGACUUUGCCGUCUGGCGACAAGCGGCUACUCGGCAGGGCUGUGGAGGAGCUUAGCUUCACAAAUAUCUCGCUUGUAGAACUUCAGCCUGGGGUUCAGUUUGUCAAUGAACCUUUCGAACAACAGGGUGAGACAGUCCCACCAUUCACCAGGCUGCUCGGAGAGGACAUGGACGACAAAAUCGACAUAGCGGACAGAGUUUUUCUCAACAGCCCCCAAACGGGUGCAAUGGAGGGCCUCAUGAUGGCUAAGGGUUGGAAGAUGCACAGAAACGACAGUGAGACGACCCAUCUGAGUAAGGCUCAGUUGCGCUACGUUAUCUACGAUUGGGUCUACAUUGGGCAGAUUGAGCCGCCUCGUACAGAUCUGAUCAUCCCUUACGAUGAGGUGGUCAAGGCAGGGUACCGGCUAGCUUGA